AUGGAGGACGACUUCCAAGUGUGCAGGAACUGCAAAAGAAGUGUGGCCUCUAGCCACUUCACUCUCCAUGAGGCCCACUGCCUGCGUUUCCUGGUCCUUUGCCCGGAAUGUGAGGAGCCCAUCCCAGAGUCAAAGAUGAAGGAGCAUGUGGAAGCUGUGCACCAGCAGACCAAGGAAAGCCAACAGGACCCUGCCGAGUGCAAGUUCUGUGAGCUGGCUGUGCAACUCAGCAAGCUGGACGUCCAUGAGUACCACUGUGGCAGCCGGACAGAGCAUUGUCCACACUGCAACCAGCGCGUUAUACUCCGAGUACUGGCCCAGCACAAAGACCUGUGUCUGAGUGCAAAGGGCAAGCCUAAGGAAGGGAAGAGAAGUGUAUCACCUGGAAGAAAAACCCAUUGUGAUAUUUGCAAACAAAUGAUUCCAGAACAUAAGUAUGCCUCCCACAUGAAACAGUGUUCGGCCCCGAGAACGGUGACAUAUCUUCGCGAUGGAAGGACAGUAGUCCUUCCCUCAACCCUUCCAUUUAUGAACACUGGAAAUCGAUCAUCCACAGUGAGCAAAGAUGUCCGUCCAAAGACAAAAAAUAGAAACAGUUCAACAAAGCGAGAGACAAAGGACCAAAGUGGCGCUGUGGAUCUGCCCUUGAAGUCCAGGCUCCAGCAAAGGACUGCUCUUCCUAAAGGAGAGGAGACAGCCUAUGAUAUUCUCCGGAACUGUCGGCAGUGCCGAAUCUUACUUCCCUUGCCCAUUCUAAAUGAGCACCAGGAGAAGUGCCUGAGGUUAGCUCAACAAAAGAAACUCGAGAGGAGGGCCGGCUGGAUUCUGAAGAGCACCAGUUCACAGUAGCUUCCCAGUUCACACUGGCUUCC